CGCUCUGACGGAACUGUUCAUUUUGGCGCGUCAGUUGAAAACAUCAGAGGAAAGAAACACUGCUGACAACAACAACAACGAAACUGUACAAAAAUGUCGAACUUUCCAGACGUAUGCGUCAGGCUGGGAAUAGGAGCAUUACAGAAGGACUGGGUAGACCAGGUUUGGGACUGUGACUUCACCAUCUGUGACCCUCCCGCGGAGGAGUGCGGCAUCAGCAUCGACAGUCGCUACAACGAGCAGCUUCUCCGUGCCGUGCAGCUUCUGGCACGAUAUUCAAACGAGGAAAACGCCGAACACGGUGGACAGGACUUCUGGAGCCUCCUGACUGACCAUGACCUCUCCUAUCGUAACAUCAUCGCUCUGGCCUUCUACUCUAUUUAUACAGGCCAGCAGAGAGUAGCCAGUGCUAUAGAGAAGGAGGCAGCCUGUCUGGCCACAAGUCUGUACUUCAACCUGCUUCAAGUGCCAGGUAGUGGUGCGUACGGUACGUUCCACGCCGUGCUGUUUGAGAAGGCCAUGAACGUACUGAAGCACUGGCCGCAAGCCGGAGGGAACAAGCGCAAGCACAGGAGCGACGGCGCUGAACCGCAGGGGAAGAAACCACCGAAGGCACCCAGGAGGGGGGGUCAGCCCCAGGGCAGGGAGGAGGAUAUGGAACAGGAUGGGGACAGAGAUGGGGAUAAUGCAGAUGAAGAUGACAGUGAUGAUGAGGAGGUGGUCCUCUCCGCCCAGGAGAUGACCAAGAUCAAACAGCUCCUGAUUGGCUGCCUGAAGGACCUGAUCCGCCUCCUCCGCUGCGGACACUUCUCUCUCAAGGAGCGACAGGACAGUACCCAGCAUGCACUGGAGACCCUGGUGUUCCUGACGAGAGUUGAGCUGACCAAUGAGGAGUUGAGCUACAGUACGGACAUGAACCUGAGCCACAUGGCGUCCCUCACACAGCUGGCGUACAUCUUGUUGUUGUUGAUGAUGUUGUUGUUGUUGUUUUAGACCCUGGUUUCCCUGACGAGAGUAGAGCUGACCAAUGAGGAGUUGAGCUACAGUACGGACAUGAACCUGGGCCAUGUGUCGUCCCUCACACAGCUGGCGUACAUGGCUACGAGUAUCCUCUCUACUGGAGCACAUGGGGAGGUUACUGCAGUAGUGACCUGCCUAUUCCGUCUGCUGCUCCCCAAUGUGCUGAUGAUGGGGGAGGGGGGCAGUGUGGCACCAAACGCUAUCCCACAGGCCUUGCAAGUCAUCAGUUCACAGGCUGUUGGGUAUGCGUGUCACCUGGCCCGGCAGGGUGGUGAGGCAGUGAUGCCGGUGUACCGGAUACUCCUGCAGCACUCCUGCUGGAGGGUACCUGACAAGGCUGAGUACCGAACGCGGGUGUCCCAGAGUGUGGUGAAAAUGUUACAGGCACUCCCCACGCCAGCGUACGCAAGCUUUCUGGAAUGGCUUUACCGAUUUUCCAGGUCUACCAAGAUCGGCCACCGUACGUUCGGACUGGACAUGGCGCUGGCCUUGCUUCCGGAGCCAGAGCGCGAGAUUGACGAUAAUGUUCAGGACGACCACUUCAUCUACCUCACGCGCAUGUUCCUGUUGGAGAAGAUGAUUAUGGCCAGGUGUUCAGACGUGGCCCCCAAUGUUCGUGGCCGCGCCCUGAGCUGCCUGUCCCAGUGUAUCUCCUCAGAGAACCCCAGCAUCGUACUGCUGUUCCAAGACUUCUUUGCCUCGACCCUCACCAAAACCCCCGGGGUACAACGGUCCAACACUCCGCUCACAGGGAAUUCCACUGCACUGACUCCCUUGGGGAUGACCCCCUCCCCUGGUGCCAGUACCCUGCAGGGUGAGUCCCCUGCCCCCAGGGAUGUCUCGUUCGGUAGCACUGCACCUGGCGGGACACAGAACUUGUUCACCAUGCUGGGGGAACGUUUGAAUGAUGACAAGGUCGGAGUUCGCAAGGCGGCUCUUCAGGCAUUCGAGAGCCUUGUGUCGAUCAGUCCGACCCCUCCCUCAGUGAAGGAGGUGGAGAUUAUCUACCAGCGCUGCAUGGACGUGUCCCUGUCUGUCCGGAAGCAGGCGCUGCAGUCCCUCACCACGGUACUGCACAAGAACCCCACCCUCCCCCACGUGCACAAACUCUGGCUGGAGGGGGUGGUGCCUGCCGUCAUGGACAGGGAGACAACCUGCUCCGAGAAAAGUCUGGAGCUUCUAGAGGACACCAUCCUGGAACAGAUUGUUGAUGUUGGAAAAUCCCAGAACGAAGACUCCGACCUUGCCUGGAACUUACUCAAGGUCAUAGCUGGUAUUGAGGGUCAGGAGCUCAGGCGCUACCUCGGGAAAGCCUGUAACAUCUGGUCUCGUCAGGGGAAGCUGACUUCUAGACUUUUAAAGGCCCUGAGUACUCAUGUCAGCUCCGACCAUACAGAGGCUGCCUGGAUGAUGAUGGCAUUAGUUGCUAAGUACUGCCCCAAGAUGGACUACUCCAUGGUGCUGGAUAACUGGCAAGGGUACCGUGACGGGCGUGGCGUCUUCAGCAAGGACACCGUGUCCUCCAUACUACAGGUCAUGGGCAGCAUAGCAGGCAACAUCCCCAAGCACAAGAUCAAUGAAAUCAUGGCUGACUUGAAGAAACUGCUCCGAGGAUACUCCUGUGACCCCGGAAUGAUCAAGGACCUGGUCUGGACCUUGGAGAAACUGACCAAGGGCUGCUCCAAGGAGCCCGAGGAGGCCAGGGCCAUGAUGGACGAGUGGGCCACAGAACUUCUGCGGCGCUCGGAGGAAUACCUGUCCAGUCUAGUGCUGAAUGAAGACCUGAACACUGCAAACUUGGACGUCAUGGCAGUCGUCCGCCACCUGUUCACUGUGGGCGAGGUUGCCCAGCUGUGUCCGGCCAAGACGUCCAAACGGAUCAUCCUGAUGGUCCAGUCCUUCCUGGUGGACAACACCAAGCUGGAUGAGCUCCCCUCCAGCCAGGGAACGCAGCUGUCUCAGAUGCCGGGGUCGCAGCUGUCCCAGAUGCCGCUCUCACAGGCGGCGGCGCAGCUGUCCCAGAUGCCAUCUCAGAUGUCCCAGAUACCACUCUCACAGCUGCAGGGCCCUGCACUGCCUCCUACCAUCAGGGCACAUGCCAUCCUCACCAUCGGGAAACUGUGUCUACAGCACGAUGACGUCGCUAAGAAGUGCGUGCCCUUCCUGGCGCACGAGCUGGAGACGUCCCCGCACAUUCCCAUCCGUAACAACGUGAUGGUGAUCCUGUGUGAUCUCAUCAAGCUGUAUUCCACCUACAUCGACCACCACAUCCCCGCCAUCGCGGCAUGUCUGAAGGACGAGAGCCCGUUGAUUCGGAACCAGACCCUCAUCAUGCUGACCCAGCUACUGCAGGAAGACUUCAUGAAGUGGAAGGGCACCCUGUUCUUCAGGUUUGUAAGUGUUUUGGUGGACCCAGACGAAGAUACCCGCAAGUCUGCAGAGUUCUGCCUGGUGCACCUGUUGUCUGAAAGGCAGCCUGGCAUGUACUUCAACAACUUUGUCCAGUGUGUGUACCACCUGAACUCGUACCAGCACCAUCCCGUCUAUAACAAGUUUAACGAGUCGGAGCGCGAGAGGAAGAUGUUCUCCCUGGCCGGGGAGGCAAAUCGCGAGAAGCGCCGGACGAUCUACCGCUUCCUGUUGGAGCACAUGACGGACGAAAACCGCUUCAACCUGAUUGGGAAGCUCUGUUCCGAGGUGCUGGAAGGGUUUGUAGACAACGUGCUGCCCCUGAAUGCAGAGACGAGUCAGAUCCUACAGGACACCCUGUCUAUCCUGUCCUGUAAGGAGAUCAAGCUGGCCUCCCUCAAGGCCAAUGCUGAGGAGGACGCUCUGAACGAGGGGGAUGCAGCAGGGGCCGCCUUCCAUAGGGCAACUAAUAAGUUCCUCACUCAGGUGGUGAAGAAGAACAUGAUAGAGAACAUCGUGCCAAUCAUCAUCGCCCUGAAGCACCAGCUGGAGGCCAAGCGCUCGCCGCUUCUGCGCAGCCUCAUGGUCUACCUCAAGGAGGUCAUGAAGGACUAUCGCAACGAGGUCAAAGAUAUCAUGGCAGCUGAUAAACAGCUGGCGAGUGAGAUCGAGUUCGACCUGCGACGUUUUGACGAACAGCAGCGAGAACAGGAGGAGGAGCGACAGCGCCGUAAAUCUGUGGGAACUCCCGGUGCUGCUGCCACCCCUGCGGCGGGAGGUCCCACUCCAACUGUCCCUGGAAGUGGUUCCGGUGCUCCAGGCACCCCAAAGAGACAUCCUGGUCCGGAGCCGGGCGCCGUUCCACGAACGCCAGCUGCUGCUCUCGGCGCCAGGCAGCUGAACGUGCUGGCGAUCAUCAACUCCGCCAGGAAGAAUAUGUCUGCCCGCAGGGCCGCACGUGUCGCCGAUCAGCCCGACGGUGGGGACGGCUCCCCCAAUGCUAACAAAGCCUCCUCCCCUGCUAACCAACCUCAGCAACCUGAUACCCAGCAACCUUUGCAUUCACCUAACGUUGACACCCCGUCUGUCACCCAGAAUGCUUUGCAGCCAACUAACAUUGAUACCCCAACUACACCUCCAGGCACCCCCGGCAAACCCCAGUCUCCGUCUCCCAAAACCCCCGCUCGCCCUAGUGACGCCUCCCCCCUACCUCCCCCCGCACAGCCUCGCACCCCCCUGAGGUCUGCAGGGUUUGCCACGCCCGAGAGGACCAGGCAGCCGUGUCGGGCUAUCAGUACUCCAGACAACACCAUACAGGACAUCACCUUCCAGGCUCCAUUUGAUGUCAGUGCCAUCACACCGAUCGUCGCCAGCGGCAGACCCCGUAGAGUCCCGUCCGGGUCUGAACGUAGUCCAAGUCUGGACACUGUGGCUGACACGGACGGGGCCGAGGUGACGGAAAAGAUGGCCGUCAUUUGUCUGAAGCACCCGGAGGCUGUCGAAAAACCUGUGGAGUGGAAGGUCGUGACACCUAACAAGACAAGGCAGCGAACCCGAAGCCGUCCCCAGAGCAGCAGUGCAGAGGAGACAGAGAACCAGCCGGGGGGUUCCACAAGGAGAAGUGCUCGGACCAGGACUCCCAGAACAUCCAACUCAUAACUUUAUCUCUCCAUUAUCGAGAUCUGUUUUGAAAUACAAUAAGAAAUAUCAUUUUCAUUAUGCCCAAGUCUGGCAUCAAGUAAAUUUGAAAAGAGUUAAAGUCUCAUAAUUGGUAUUUUGCAAAGGUAUAACAGUGUAUUUUUCCACAUGGAAUCCUCAGUUUAUUUUGUAUCUUUACCGAGAUAUUUAGUAGAUGACUAUUCUUCAUGUCACUAACUUUUUAUAGUAUUGACUUCAUUCUCAAUGUAUUUGAAGAUCUAAUAACCACCCAUGAAUUGUAGCGGAACCAAUGUGGGAAUGGUCCCACAAAGGUCAAAGUUGAAAGUUCAUCUGACAGAUGAGAGAAGUAUGGUGGACAAAGCCUUGACACUUGGAAAGGGUCCCAUGAUGUGUGAACCUAGAUUGAAAAUAAAACUUUGAAAUGCGUUGUUGAGGAAGUGUGUUAGUCUUUCUAAAAGGUCCAAUUUUAUGUAUGACAUCUAGCUCAUUACGUUUCGGCUGUUCUGAAAAAUCAUGAAUCUGCCAACUCAUAACAGCUAAUUGCAUCAGCCUUCCAUUUAAUGGGCACCCUCAUAUCAAUACAGGAAUUGAAAUGACCAGAAUACCAACAUUGUGGAAGUUAAGACCAACACAGUUGACAGGUGUAGAGCCAACGUUUGAAUAUUUCAUGACGUCACAGUAGCGUUACUAUGGCAACACGAUAGUCUCAAUCAGACUCCUCAAAAUUGGUUACUGAAAAAAAAGUUUAAGUUACCAAAAAGUAGUGAAUCAGUUACGACUGGUUUGGAACACACUACGGUAGUUCUAGGAAAACGAGAAUUUGACUACAUCGAUCCUCGGUUGUAAACUUUGGUACUUGAAGGCAUGACUAGUAAUAUUUCUUGUCUAAGGUGGUUUAAGAUAGUAGUUGCUACACCUUCCGAUUUAUUAGCUAUUUAUCACCACGCAAUCCCGCACGGUCGGUACAUACCGCUGGCUACUUUAUAACUAUACAACUGUUACAGUACCCGGACCCUAGAUACAUUGGAUAAAAUCCACUGCUUCCAAGGCCUCAAAAAUGCUAUUUAGCCACCUAUACCCUGAGGUUCAGAAUGCAUUCAUAUGUGUAACAUCCAAUACGCCUUAAUUAAUUGGACUCUCUUUCUCUCGCGUUUAAAUGUCACAAUCAUUUUAAUAGACGGUGCGUUUACCAGCUGAACACUUCUUAUUUCACUCCCUUCGGGGUCGAUUUACUCGGACAAACAUACGUUCUCAUUAUCAGGUACUGUAAAAAUAUUCACGAUGGUUUCAUGUUCAUCGGCCUUUUUGCCGAGACUGGAAUAUCACCGCCAAAAUGUGUGUGUUUUGUCUUCUAACCUGAGGCCGAAACGCUUAUUUCAUUUAUCAACCGCGAGUUUUAAAAAAAAACAACGCUCUUUUACAGUAAUUACCCAACUCUGUUAGACAGGGCCAAUUUCGCUACUUGAUCGUUUUACAGUGAUUAGAUUGAAUCGCAUUAACGUUAUAUACAAGCUUUCCCUAAACAGCAUAUGUGACAUGAAUUGAAACUGUGCAACAAAAUCGUACCGAUCUGACCACGCGCGGUCUAUGCUACCACAGAAUAAAGAAUAAAUACAUGAGAC